AUGCAUGGAGACAGAAAAGUGUUCGGGACCAUCUGUCCAAACACAGUGGCACCUCAUCAGAACCAAGACAGAAGACACCCAGCAGCUAAAAAGGUACAGAGACGAUUAACCCUGCACGGCUAUGGUACAUCUGCUGGUCAAUACUCAUUUUACCAGUGGUGGAAAAAGUACUCAAUUGUCAUACUUGAGUAAAAGUAAAGAUACCUUAAUAGAAAAUGACUCAAGUAAAAGUGAAAGUCACCCAGUAAAAUACUACUUGAGUAAAAGUCUAAAAGUAUUUGGUUUUAAAUAUACUUAAGUAUCAAAAGUAGCCUAAAUGUAAUUGCUAAAAUAUAGGCCUACUUAAGUAUCAAAAGUAAAAGGAUAAAUAAUUUCGAAUUCCUUAUAUUAAGCAAACCAGACGGAACAAUUUUCUUGUUUUAUUAAUAUACAGAUAGCCAGGGGCACACUCCAACACUCAGACAUCAUUUACAAACGAAGCAUUUGUGUUUAGUGAGUCCACCAGAUCAGAGGCAGUAGGGAUGACCAGGGAUGUUCUCUUGAUAAGUGUGUGAAUUAGACCAUUUUCCUGCCCUGCUAAGCAUUCAAAAUGUAACAUACUUUUGGGUGUCAGGGAAAAUGUAUGGAGUAAAAAGUACAUUAUUGUGUUUAGGAGUGUAGUGAAGUAAAAGUAAAAGUGGUAAAAGUUAUAAAUAUUAAAGUAAAGUACAGAUACAAAAAAAAAAAACUACUUAAGGAGUACUUUCAAGUAUUUUUACUUAAGUACUUAACAGCGCUGCAUUUUAUACAUGACGCAUGGAUGGCAAUUUAUGCAUUGUUUGUAUGUAGGCCUAUCUAAUGUUAUUAAAGACAUUGCGAAACUAAUGUUUCUUAUCCACAGGGCAGACCGAGGCUCCCCAGGAGUAGCAGCCCGGUCGCAGUGUAUGUGGACCGGAAUCCCUGCAUCGUUGAAGAUGGUAGGUGGACCAUGGGCAUAUUGCUCAGACUAUAUGCACGUUCUUUACAUUGUUUUGUCUAAUAUACAAAUUCAGAGUAUAAUGUGUCAUAAAUUAAUAUAUAUUUUUGUCAUUUCUAUUUGGUUAUGUUUUGUAGCAUUCGCAACGAUAGCAUGGGAUGACUUGGAGGAAUGCGCGUCCGUGAUGAGGCGCGAGAGCGACUCCCUGGGUUUCCAGGUAAAAUUACACCCACACACACACACGCACAAACACACACACACACACACACACACACACACACACACACACAACACACACACACACACACACAUACACACACACACACACACACACACACACAACAUACACACACACAGAGAGAGAGAGAGGUGAGAGAGGAGGUGAGAGUGAGACGCCCCCCUUGCGUGAGAGAGUGAGAGAAGAGAGAGAGAGGAGAGCGAGAGAGAGAGACAGGAGAGAGAGAGAGAGAGCGAGAGAGAGAGGAGAGAGGAGAGAGCGAGAGAGAGAGAGAGAGAGAGAAUGAAAGAUGCACAUACACACCGACAAGUUGCACGGUAGAGGAUUAACCGUUUCCAUGGUGAUAUGAUAGCUCCAUACUACACCAGUCACCCGCUCACCGGCGGCCUGUUAAUAUUUGACAGACAGGUUAGCAGUGGAGCGUGCUGAAAUCUCGCGCCAAUGACGGUGUAGUUGGCUCGUGCCACGCACCUAUAGAAAAACACUCCAUAGUCGACAACCUGCCUACCAAAGCUAGUCCUAACAAACUCAUUUUCAACACCUACACAGCAACAUGAGCACCCAGACAUGCGCCUCAAUAUAUUUACCGUGCUGGGAUUUCAGUUGGGAUUUCCAGGUAACCGCGCUCCUUCUUGUUAAUUUGAGUAUGCUAUAACCUCUAGAAUCUAGCCUGUGCAAUUUCAGCUUGUUCGGUGUGAAUGAGGCUAUACGCUUUGUGUGUGUGUAUCCAACAGGUGAACGACUCUGACGGAGACGACCAGGAAUUCGGUGAAUAUGCCCUGGACUUCAUAGCUGGUAAGAACAUUGAUUCAAAUCAUUCAGAGGAACAACAAAGUAUAGCCUAAUCGUUGUGAUCUGUAUUGAUGAUUGAUGAGGAGGCUAGGAUAUAGAUUGCGAAUUAUGUUUUAGGUAAAUAUAGAGUCCUCUUCAAUGUUGUUUUGAUUUAUUUAGAUCAAUAGAUACAUUGAUUUAUUAGGUACAUGCCCUGAAGAAAAAUUGUGUGCUUGCUUCACCUGUGUAAUUUUUUUUAUUUUUUAUUAUAUUAAGCUCCUCUCCCAUUCUCGCAUAUAUUAUAUUAAGCUCCUCUCCCAUUCUCCCAUAUAUUAUAUUAAGCUCCUCUCCCAUUCUCCCAUAUAUUAUAUUAAGCUCCUCUCCCAUUCUCCCAUAUAUUAUAUUAAGCUCCUCUCCCUUUCUCCCAUGUAUUAUAUUAAGCUCCUCCCCAUUCUCCCAUAUAUUAUAUUAAGCUCCUCUCCCAUUCUCGCAUAUAUUAUAUUAAGCUCCUCUCCCAUUCUCAAUCAAUCAAUCAAUUUUAUUUUAUAUAGCCCUUCUUACAUCAGCUAAUAUCUCGAAGUGCUGUACAGAAACCCAGCCUAAAACCCCAAACAGCUAGUAAUGCAGGUGUAGAAGCACGGUGGCUAGGAAAAACUCCCUAGAAAGGCAAAACCUAGGAAGAAACCUAGAGAGGAACCAGGCUAUGAGGGGUGGCCAGUCCUCUUCUGGCUGUGCCGGGUGGAGAUUAUAACAGAACCAUGCCAAGAUGUUCAAAAAUGUUCAUAAGUGACAAGCAUGGUCAAAUAAUAAUCAGGAAUAAAUCUCAGUUGGCUUUUCAUAGCCGAUCAUUAGAGUUUAAAACAGCAGGUCUGGGACAGGUAGGGGUUCCAUAACCGCAGGCAGAACAGUUUAAACUGGAAUAGCAGCAAGGCCAGGCGGACUGGGGAUAGCAAGGAGUCACCACGGCCGGUAGUCCCGACGUAUGGUCCUAGGGCUCAGGUCUCUCAGUUGGCUUUUCAUAGCCGAUCAUUUAGAGUUGAAAACAGCAGGUCUGGGACAGGUAGGGGUUUCGUAGCCGCAGGCAGAACAGUUGAAACUGGAAUAGCAGCAAGGCCAGGCGGACUGGGGGCAGCAGGGUGUCAUCAUGCCCGGUAGUCCUGACGUAUGGUCCUAGGGCUCAGGUUCUCAGAGAGAAAGAGAGAACGAGAGAAUUAGAGAGAGCAUACUUAAAUUCACACAGGACACUGGAUAAGACAGGAGAAGUACUCCAGGUAUAACCAACUAACCCAAAUGAAAAUCUCCUAUUCUCCCAUGUAGACUCUCCAGCCACAUUGGAGCGCAGUCUGUCUCCAGCCGAUCUGGUGGCCUUCCAAGGGUGUAUCAUCCCUCCUCUCACCCCCCAGCGGGAGCCCUCUCCAGAGGGCCAGGACCAGCAGGGCUACCCUUCCUCAGACCCAGGCCUCGGCCAGCAUCAGGCCCAGGAUGGGAUACUCUGGAGGGGCAUUGCUCAGCACCACACCAGGGUCCUGGGACACACACUGGAGACCAACAGCCAGGUACAGACAGACAGGCAGGCAGGCAGGAAGACAGCUGUUUCAUUUUUACGUUUGAGUCCUUUAGCAGACGCUCUUAUCCAAAGCGACUUACAGUUAAUGCAUUCAUCCUAAGAUAGCUAGGUGAGACAACCACAUAACUCAAUCAUAGUCAACUUCCUUAAAGUAGUUAUCAGGCAGGCAGGCAGGCACACAGCCCUUGUGUGACAAGGCGUGCAGGAAGAAGUUUAUCUGAAUCUGCGGUUAAUUGGCAUGUGUCUCGAUGUAGACUCACUGGGUGUGCUGUCAUGUUUACACAACAGAUGUUCUACAGAAAGAUAGUUUCCUGUUUGCUGCUCUUAGUAGUCAACAGCGAGCACACAUUACCUUUUUUAUUUCUGCAACGUUCUUCUUUGCUGUCAAACUCCUGUGGAAGGUUAGAUGUGAUUAAAACACUGUCACUCUGUUUUCAUCAUUUCAGUAACAUAUUCUGUCCUCUUGUCUUUCCCCAGCUUCACCUGACCGUGAGCAGGAGACAGGAGGAGAUUAAUGCUCUGCAGCAACGCAAUGUCCACCUCAGAGAACUGGCCAUCAGAGCUAAACACCUAGCCUCUGUACUGGAUGUAAGUCAGGAGACUGGAAACACACACGUGCGCGGACACACAUUCACAUGAAUAAACACACCAGAUGAUCACUCAACUACAUAAAACUAUAGUACCUGGUUGCAACCAAAUCUCUCUCUCUCUCUCUCUGUCUCUCACUGUCUCUCUCUCAGAAGCUGAUGAUGGUGAAUGAACCGUCAUGUUUUCGACAACCCCCAACUUCCCCCUGUGACGAACCCCCCAUGUCAACGAUCCCAUGUAAGAGGCAGCGUCUGGACAACACCUGUGACGACACAUCGCCCCCUGGGUGUGUGGAAGACAUCCUACGGGAUGUCAGCGAGCGCUGCAACACCGUCCUGCACCACAGCACCGCUCAACCACCUCGUCCCCAGGAUAGGGACCCAGAGAGAAUACUGAUGUUUGGGGUGUUCUCUGGACUGCAGACAUCCAGGACCACAGGUGGCCCUGUGGUGAGCAUGGAGGGCGCAGAGGCAGGAGAGAGCAGUAGUGACUCGUCUUUCAGGACUUCAAUUAGAGAACACUGUACGAUCAGGACUCAGACCUUCCCUCACGGACAUGCCUUCACCUCCAGGACGACCCAGGGAGGGUACCGCUUCCGCUGGGUUCCCAGACAGAGCUAGCCCUUACAUUUUACAUUUUAGUCAUUUAGCAGACGCUCUUAUCCAGAGCGACUUACAGUUAGUGAGUGCAUACAUCAUUUUUUUUUAUACUGGCCCCCCAUGGGAAUCAAACCCACAACCCUGGCGUUGCAAAUGCCAUGCUCUUCCAAAUGAGCUACAUCCCUGCCAGCCAUUCCCUCCCCUACCCUGGACGACGCUGGGCCAAUUGUGCGCCGCCCCAUGCGUCUCCCGGUCGCGGCCGGCUACGACAGAGCCUGGAUUCGAACCAGGAUCUCUAGUGGCACAGCUAGCACUGCGAUGCAGUGCCUUAGACCACUGCGCCACUCGGGAUAGCAGCACUGGGUUCCCAGACAGAGCUGGCCCUUAGCAGCACUGGGUUCCCAGACAGAGCUAGCCCUUAGCAGCACUGGGUUCCCAGACAGAGCUAGCCCUUAGCAGCACUGGGUUCCCAGACAGAGCUAGCCCUUAGCAGCACUGGGUUCCCAGACAGAGCUAGCCCUUAGCAGCACUGGGUUCCCAGCCAGAGCUAGCCCUUAGCAUUACCCUGCUAAUUAGCAUUAGCACUGAGCUAGAGCGAUGUUGAACAUGUUAUCAGAGGCUGUAGUAGGUGCUGCUGUUAUUAGACUGCUAGCUUCGACUAAAUACUACCUACACUAUAUAUAAGGACCCAUACACAAAAAAAAAUGUAUGCACGCAUGACUGUAAGUCGCUUUGGAUAAAAGCGUCUGCUAAAUGGCAUAUUAUAUUAUUAUUAUUAUAAGUAUGUUGUCACCCCUUCAUUAGUGGAUUCGGCUAUUUCAGCCACAUCCAUUGCUGACAGGUGUAUAAAAUCGAGCACACAGCCAUGCAAUCUCCAUAGACAAACAUUGGCAGUAGAAUGGCCCGUACUGAAGAGCUCAGUGACUUUCAACGUGGCACCGUCAUAGGAUGCCACCUUUCCAACAAGUCAGUUCAUAACAUUUCUGCCCCGCUAGAGCUGCCCCGGUCAACUGUAAGUGCUGUUAUUGUGAAGUGGAAACGUCUAGGAGCAACAACGGCUCAGCCGUGAAGUGGUAGGCCACACAAGCUCACAGAACGUGACCGCCGAGUGCUGAAGCGCCUAGCGCGUAAAAAUCUUGGUUGCAACACUCACUACUGAGUUCCAAACUGCCUCUGGAAGCAACGUUAGCACAACAACUAUUCGUCAGGAGCUUCAUGAAAUGGGUUUCCAUGGCCGAGCAGCCACGCACAAGCCUAAGAUCACCAUGCAACAAUGCCAAGCGUCGGCUGGAGUGGUGUAAAGCUCGCCGCUAUUGGACUCUGGAGCAGUGGAAAUGCAUUCUCUGGAGUGAUGAAUCAAGCUUCAUCAUCUGGCAGUCUGAUAGAUUAAUCUGGGUUUAGCGGAUGCCAGGAAAACGCUACCUGCUCCAAUGAAUAGUGCCAACUGUAAAGUUUGGUGGAGGAGGAGUAAUGAUCUGGGGCUGUUUUUCAUGGUUCGGGCUAGGCCCCUUAGUUCCAAUGAAGGGAAAUCUUAACGCUACAUCAUACACUGACAUUCUAGACGAUUAUGUGCUUCCAACUUUGGGGCAACAGAUUGGGGAAGGCCCUUUCCUGUUUCAGCAUGACAAUGCCUCGUGCACAAAGCGAAGUCCAUACAGAAAUGGUUUGUCGAGAUCGGUGUGGAAGAACUUGACUGGCCUGCACAGAGCCCUGACCUCAACCCCAUCAAACACCUUUGGGAUGAAUUGGAACGCCGACAGCGAGCAAGGCCUAAUCGCCCAACAUCAGUGCUCAACCUCACUAAUGCUAUUAUGGCUGAAUGGAAGCAAGUCCCCGCAGCAAUUUUCCAACAUCUAGUGGAAAGCCUUCCCAGAAGAGUGGAAGCUGUUAUAGCAGCAAAGGGGGGACCAACUCCAUAUUAAUGCCCAUGAUUUUGGAAUUAGAUGUCCACGAGCAGGUGUCCACAUACUUUUGGUAAUGUAGUGUAUAUCUCAGGGUUGGCCAACCCUCCUUAUCUGAGCAGUACGCUGCCUACAUGCUCAGAUAAUUCAACAUUGUAAAUCACUUUGUGUGUGUGUACAGCAAGCCAAAAGCUUUUGGCACUGGCAGUAUAUUCUUUAAUCAGUGCAUUGAUCUAAGUAUGGUCAAUUCAUUUUUCUAACUACCGUGGUCAACCAACAAAUCAACAAAUCAACAAACCAACAAAUCAACAAAUCAAGUAGAAUGGUUGUCUAUAGGCCCAAUGGUACCGUCCGCCUCAGGUAUCCUAGCACGGUGAGCUAAUUAGCCUUGGCUAACUAAAUAUACUUCCGGAGCAAUUUGUUUACACUGUGUUUUUGUUUAUUCUAUCUUUCUGUUGGCGUUGCUCCGUGCGCGUGUUGAAACUCCUCAGGGAUCCAGGUGGACAACGGAACACCUCACCCACACACCUUACCCAAUGUCUAAAUACGCACGUUGUCAGUUUGUUGUAUGUAAUAAAGAUGAUAUUUUGAAUAAAUGUUGUCAUAUACAUAAUGAUUUCUGUAUAGAUUAAAGGGGCACUCUGCAUUUGCUUCAUCCAUUAAUGAAAUGUACCCAUUUGAUUCUUGAAGAAUAUAACUUAUAAAUGCCACAGUUCAUCUGUCAUACUCCCAUCAGAACCCAAAAUAGAAGCUUGUUUCUCUCCAAUGUUUAUAAACAAAGUAAAUGUAAACAAACACUGUAUAGCCUCAAAACAUGGUUAAAACUAUCAUCUUGAUAUCAUGGAUGGUCAGUCCUUGCAUCCAUAGCUCUGUCUAUGAAUUUGAGAGUGGUUACAUUUCUCCAGCCCCAUCCCUCUGCUUUGUACCUAAACAGGGGUAGGAAGGACGUUUUGUUACUGUUUCAACUGCUUAUUGACGUUUAAAUUAGGAUUUAAGGGAUACCAAAGGUAAAGGAAUGGAAGUAAAGGAAUAGAAAGUAACAGUUUAUUUUUAUGUUUGUUUGGGGCUUUCCUUUCCAUGUUUCAGGAGCAAAACCAAAGUGACCCCAGUGACCCUUGACCUGUAGGUCCUUCCUCUUCAUUUGUUCUGUCUGUCUGUGUUGUGGUGUGGUCUUGAAAGGGUCAAGACUUUUCAUUUUCUUGCCCUCCUCCACUAGUUCAUGGUGUAGUCGCUUGGGAUGAGCCUUGUCUUGAGUUGUGAAUCUGUAAAGCCUUGAUUCCAUGCAUCCUCUCUUCAACACACCUUCUCAACACAUCAGCAGGAUGAGGGAGGGUGAGGGAGAAUGAGGGAGGGUGAAGGGAGGGUGAGGGAGUGUGAAGGGGGGGUGAAGGGAGGGUGAAGGGGAGGGUGAGGGAGGGUGAAUGGAGGGUGAGGGAGGGGUGAAGGGAGGGUGGAGGGAGGGUGAAGGGAGGGUGAGGGAGGGGUGAAGGGAGGGUUGAAUGAGGGGUUGAGGGAUGGAAGGGAGGGUGAAGGGGAGGGUGAGGGGGUCUGAGGGGAAGGAAUGAGGGAGGGUGAAGGGAGGGUGAGGGAGGGUGAGGGAGAAUGGAGGGGGGUGGAAGGGAGGGUGAAGGAGGGUGAGGGAGGGUGAAGGGAGGGUGAAGGGAGGGUGAGGGAGGGUGAAUGGAGGGUGAGGGAGGGUGAAGGGGGGUGAGGGAGGGUGAAGGGAGGGUGAGGGAGGGUGAAGGGAGGGUGAGGGAGGGUGGGAAAGGGGGGGUGAGGGAGGGUGAGGAGGGUGAAGGGGAAGGGAGGUGAGGGAGGGUGAAGGGAGGGUGAGGGAGGGGUGAAGGGAGGGUGAGGGAGGGUGAGGGGAUGAGGGGGGGUGAAGGGAGGGUGAAGGAGGGUGAAGGGAGGGUUGAGGGUGAAGGGAGGGUGAAGGGAGGGUGAAGGAGGGUGAGGGAGGGUGAAGGGAGGGUGAGGGAGGGUGAGGGAGAAUGAGGGAGGGUGAAGGGAGGGUGAGGGAGGGUGAGGGAGAAUGAGGGAGGGGUGAAGGGAGGGUGAAGGAGGGUGAGGGAGGGUGUGAAGGGAGGGUGAAGGAGGGUGAGGGAGGGUGAAGGGAGGGUUGAAGGGAGGGUGAGGGAGGGUGAAGGGGGGGUGAAGGGAGGGUGAGGGAGGGUGAGGGAGGGUGAAUGGAGGGUGAGGGAGGGAUGAAGGGAGGGUGAGGGAGGGUGAGGGAGGGGUGAGGGAGGUUGUGGGUGGGUGAAGGGGGGGUGAAGGGAGGGUGAGGGGGGGUGAAGGGAGGUGGGGAGGGUGAAGGGAGGGUGAAGGGAGGGUGAAGGGGAGGGUGAGAGAGGGUGAGGGAGGUUGAGGGAGGUUUAAGGGAGGUGUGGGUGGGUGAUGAGGGAGGGUGAGGGAGGGUUGUGGGUGGGUUUAAGGGAGGGUGAGGGAGGGUGGAGGGGGGUGGGAAGGGAGGGUGAAGAGAGGGGAGGGAGGUUGUGGGGGGUUAAAGGGAGGGUGAAGGGAGGGUGAGGGAAGUGUGGGUGGGUGAAGGGAGGGUGAGGGAGGGGUGAAGGGAGGGUGAGGGAGGGUGAGGGGAGGGUGAAGGGAGGGUGAGGGAGGUUGUGGGUGGGUGAAGGGAGGGUGAAGGGAGGGUGAGGGAGGUUGAGGGAGGUUGUGGGUGGGUGAAGGGAGGGUGAAGAGAGGGUGAGGGAGGUGUGGGUGGGUUAAAGGGAGGGUGAAGGGAGGGUGAGGGAAGUUGGGGUGGGUGAAGGGAGGGGUGAGGGAGGGUGAAGGGAGGGUGAGGGACGUUGUGGGUGGGUGGAAGGAGGGGUGAGGGAGGGUGAAGGGAGGGUUGAGGGAGGGUGAGGGAGGGAGGGUUGAAGGGAGGGUGAGGGAGGUUGUGGGGUGGGUGAAGGGAGGGUGAAGGGGGGUGAGGGAGGUUGAGGGAGGUUUGUGGGGGGGUGAAGGGAGGGUGAAGAGAGGGUGAGGAGGUUGUGGGUGGGUUGAAGGGAGGGUGAAGAGAGGGUGAGGGAGGUUGUGGGUGGGGUAAAGGGAGGGUGAAGGGAGGGUGAGGGAAGUUGUGGGUGGGUGGGGUGAAGGGAGGGUGAAGGGAGGGGUGUGAAGAGAGGGUGAGGGAGGUUGUGGGUGGGUGAAGGGAGGGUGAAGAGAGGGUGAGGGAGGUUGUGGGUGGGGUGAAGGGAGGGUGAUUGAAGAGAGGGGUGAGGGAGGUUGUGGGUGGUAAAGGGAGGGUGGGGAAGUUGUGGGUGGGGUUGAAGGAGGGUGAGGGGGGGUGAAGGGAGGGUGAGGGACGUUGUGGGUGGGUAAAGGGAGGGUGAAGGGAGGGUGAGGGAAGUUGUGGGUGGGGUGAAGGGAGGGUGAGGGAGGGUGAAGGGAGGGUGAGGGACGUUGGGGUGGUGGGUGAAGGGAGGUGUGAAGGGAGGGUGAGGGAGGUUGAGGGAGGUUGUGGGUGGGUGAAGGGAGGGUGAAGGGAGGGUUGAGGGAGGUUGUGGGUGGGUGAAGGGAGGGUGAAGGGAGGGUGAGGGAGGUUGUGGGUGGGUGAAGGGAGGGUGAGGGAGGGUGAAGGGAGGGUGAGGAGGUGAGGGAGGUUGUUGGUGGGUGAAGGGAGGGUGAAGAGAGAGUGAAGGGAGGAUGAAUGGAGGGUGAAGGGAGGGUGAAGGGAGGGUGAGGGAAGGUGAAGGGAGGGUGAAGGAAAGGGUGAGGGAGGUUGUGUGUGGGUGAAGGGAGGGUGAGGGAGGAAGGUGGUGUGUGGGUGAAGGGAGGGUGAGGCUGUCCAGAGGUGAACGUCAGACCACACUAGGACACCUGUUCAAACUCCUCAGCCAUGAGGUAUGUUUGUCUAAGGCCUCUGGAAACAAGACAUGAGCAGGGUAGAGUUCCAGGACUGCUGCUGGAGGAAGGUUUGUUUGAGGAGGAUUUAACCGCCUGAGGGAAGGCGUGAGGAAAGGAGGAGAUAAGAUAUAGAGAACUGAGACCUGGAAACCACCAUCUCUGCUAACUGGAUUCAUGCAGUGGUGUGGAAACAUGAAAACAAUCAGGUGCUGGAAGGACCCCUCUUCAAAAAAGUGGUUUAACAAGACACAAAAUAGACAAUGUUUCAAUUGUUUUCAAACGGUUGUACCAGGUGCUUUGAAGUGGGCCGAGAGAGUACAGCACUACUUGGACGAGGGAGGCACGGAGGACAUAAGAGGAGACAUACUUAGUCUGAGACCUGACAAUCACUGCACUGCAUAG